AUGGCUCUGAAGCGGUGGAGCGGAGAACUCUUGGAGGAGUGUAAAAGAACAACAUUAGAGAUCGCAGCGGAAGCUCAACCUUCGUCCGAGAAGCCUGCGACGGUCCAAGCAUCAGAAGCAGAGCAAGGCCUACAACUUCUGCCUCUGGAUACUCUGGGGAGACUUGGUUCUCUUGCUAGAGAUGUCUUUCAGCUGGUGGACGUCCCCGAAUUUGUUCAUGAGACGGAUCGGAGUUCUUCGUCGGCUUCGACACGACCACACGUCGACCACGCCGACUUACUCGAACGGCUUGACGCCGAAAUCAGUCGCACGUACCAAACGUUUUACGACUUCGUCUACCAAGACCUGCCUUAUUGCUGGAGACAACUCUAUACGGAUCUCUCCAUUCUCAAAUUCAAUUGCCUUGUCUCGAGUUGGCAUCCUGGGAGGGACGAUGAAACCACAGGCAACGGUGCAAGCAAAGACAAUACCUUGGUUGCACAACUCGUAAAGACACUCGAUAAAGCCCUUGUUCUGGCCGGAGGAGCGGGACUCAAGCGUGGCAGACAGACCAUCGAAAGGAUGCUACAUCUACUGGAGGAGACAUGUUGCGACGAUGCUCCCCGAUUCUCGCCCGAGGAAGCUCACGACACCCGUCCAACCAAGAGAGCAAGAAGAUCUUCGAAUGGAGAAUCCCGACUUUCACAAUGGGAUGCAGAAAGAUCCUUUCCGGCACGUCGAAUCUUCACCCCAGAAAUCAAGAAUCUCAUAGCCCACCGCGAGAACAUGACCAUGGAUGACUUCCAACGCUACAUGGACGAAGGAUCCAAGACACCAGAUGGGCCACUCCCCCUCGUCAUCUGGGGUCUCAUAGAUGACUGGCCCGCCAUGACGACCAGGCCCUGGAAGAAACCCGGCUACCUCCUCUCGCGCACCUUUGGCGGCCGCCGCUUGGUCCCCGUCGAAGUAGGCCGAACCUACGUGGACGAGGGCUGGACACAAGAACUGAUCACCUUCCGGGAACUCCUGGACCGUUUCGACCAAGAAGGCGACGGCAGCGAAUCGAACCAUACUGCCGAAGAGGGAAAAGAACGGUCCUCGUCUCUUUCUUCCUCCCCCGUUACCUACCUCGCUCAACACGAACUCUUCACCCAACUCCCUUCCCUCCGCAACGACAUCCUCACUCCGGACCUCUGCCACUCCAACCCCCCACCGCACCCCGUCUCCCCGUCCCUGAGCAGACCCGCCCCGCCCGUCCCCCUCAUGAACGCCUGGCUCGGCCCCGCGGGGACCAUAACCCCACUCCACACAGAUGGCUACCACAACCUCCUCGCCCAGGUCGUCGGCGCCAAGUACGUCCGCCUGUAUUCCCCUCUCGACACCGAGGCGCUCUGCCCGUGCAGCGACGGAGAAGAUGAUGGCACGGGCAUCGACAUGAGCAACACGAGCACUUUCGACGUCGGCGUUAUCGAGGGCUGGGACAACCUCCCGCGCGGCCAAGACCCCCGCGACCCUAUUGAGCUCGAGGAAUUUCGGAGCUUGCGCUGCUGGGAGUGCGUACUCGAGGAGGGCGACGUGCUGUAUAUCCCUGUUGGAUGGUGGCAUUACGUGCGCAGCUUGAGCGUGAGCUUUAGCGUCAGUUUUUGGUGGAGCGGUGAAGAUGGCACGGGAGACGACGAAGAAGGGCCUUGA